CUUCCCUCUAUAAUGUAAGUGAAAGUGUUUGAUGUGACUAAUCUAUAUCUUGUGGACAUAAUUUGAGAGAGAGGAGCUAUGAGUUUAACAGCAGCAGCAAGUGGAUUUGCUGUCUUCCUUCUGUCUGUACAAGUGAUACAGGGUCAGAAUGGCUGGGGAGUGACUUACACUUCUACUGAGAUCUGUGCCUUAAAAGGAUCAACUGUGGAAAUACGCUGCAGCUACAGAUACCCAUCCACAAUACACCCUGUAACCACUGUUAAGGAAACAUUCUGGUUUACUAGAGUAAGUUAUCGUGAGCGUGUGGAUCUGAGAACAGAUUCAGAGUAUGCAGAUCGUGUGCAGUAUCACUGUGAUGAGAAGAGCUGCACUCUGAGAAUCACAGACCUGAGAGAGAGCGACUCAGCUGAGUACAAGUUCAGGUUCAUAACAAACCAACCAGAUCUACAGGUGCAGGUGAUCAAAUACCAGAGUUCUACGAGGGCAGAGCUGAAGUGUCACAGCAGCUGUCGUCUACCUGAUAAUUCUUCUUACAUCUGGUACAAGAAUGGACAGAAAAUUCAGAAAGAAACCCCAUCUUUUUAUUCAGGCAACUUUUAUCCUGCAGACAGCUAUUCCUGUGCCCUUAAAGGAGUGGAGGAUUUCCCCUCUCCAUCAAUGUGUGUCGAUGGUCAAACCUGCAACAGAGUGACGUACACUGACAGAAGCAUCUGUGCCUCCAAAGGCUCAUCAGUGGACAUUUCUUGCACUUACAACAGUUAUAACAAUAAUUAUGAUAAAUCAACAUUGUGGUUCAGUCCUGAACGUAGUCGUCAGUGGCAGAAUCCUUCACAGCCUGAGGACCUUAGUGAAGACUCCCAGUAUGCAGGUCGUGUUCAGGUCCUUGAGACAGAGGGAGGACGCUCCACUCUGAGAAUCACUGACCUGAGAGAGAGCGACUCAGCUGAGUAUCGCUUCAAAUUCAGAACACGGAGCUUUGAAUGGAGGAGUUUUUUACCUGGUACAACUCUGACUGUCACAGAUCUGCAGGUGCUAGUGAGGAGAUCAUCUUCAUCUUCUUCUUGGGCAAGCCUGCUUUGUCACAGCAGCUGUCGUCUACCUGAUCGUCCUUCCUACGUCUGGUACAAAAAUGGACAGAUGAUUCAGGCAGAAACAUCUUCUUCUUAUUCAGGCUACCUUGAUUCUGCAGACAGCUAUUCCUGUGCUGUGAAAGGACUGGAGGACUUCCCCUCUCCUUCAGUGUGUGUCCGUGGUCAAACCUGUAACAGAGUGACGUACACUGACAGAAGCAUCUGUGCCCCCAAAGGCUCCUCAGUGGACAUUUCUUGCACUUACAACAGUUAUUACAGUUAUUAUUAUUAUUAUUAUUAUGAUAAAUCAACAUUGUGGUUCAGUCCUGAACGUAGUCAUCAGUGGCAGAAUCCUUCACAGCCUGAGGACCUUAGUGAAGACUCCCAGUAUGCAGGUCGUGUUCAGGUCCUUGAGACAGAGGGAGGACGCUCCACUCUGAGAAUCACUGACCUGAGAGAGAGCGACUCAGCUGAGUAUCGCUUCAAAUUCAAAACAUGGAGCUUUGAAUGGAGGAGUAGUUUACCUGGUACAACUCUGACUGUCACAGAUCUGCAGGUGCAGGUGACCAGAGCAACAGUCAAUCAGUCUUAUACCUAUGCAGAGCUGAAGUGUCACAGCAGCUGCAGUCCAGCUGGUCGUCUUUCCUACGUCUGGUUCAAGAACAGAGAGAAAAUCCCAGAGGAAAGUUCUUCUUAUAAAGACCAGUUUUAUCCCGGAGACAUCAUAUCUUGUGCUUUGAAAGGACAUGCGAAUUACGGCUCUCCCUCUUUGUAUGCUCUGAAGGUUCCAUCUGUGUCAGCGAGUCCUUCUGGUGAAAUCAUGGAGGGCGGUUCAAUGUCUCUGACCUGCAGCAGUGAUGCUAACCCAGCAGCUACUUACACCUGGUACAAGGAGAACCAAACACGGCUCAUUAAAGACCCACAGCUUGUCUUCACGUCCAUCCAGUCCUCUGACUCUGGAGAGUAUUACUGCACAGCUGAGAACGAGCUGGGGAGGAGGACAUCUGAACACAUCUUUAUUAAUGUGAGAUAUGCUCCAAAAACCUCCUCUGUGUCAGUGAGUCCCUCUGGUGAGAUAGUGGAGGGCAGUUCAGUGACUCUGACCUGCAGCAGUGAUGCUAACCCAGCAGCUAAAUACACCUGGUACAAGGAGAACCAAGUACUGCUUCAGGGACCACAUGGAAGUUAUCACUUCAUCUCCAUCAGCUCUGAGGACAGAGGGAUCUACCACUGCAAGUCUGAGAACCAACAUGGCCAGUUAGGCUCUAAGUCUGUAUUUGUAGAUGUCCAGUAUGCUCCAAAGCUUCUCUCUGUGUCAGUGAGUCCCUCUGGUCAGAUAGUUGAGGGCAGUUCAGUGAAUCUGACCUGUAGCAGUGAUGCUAACCCAGCAGCUAAUUACACCUGGUACAAGGAGAAUGAAGACUCACCAAAAGCAUCAGGACAGAUCUUCACCAUCACUGACUUCAGACCUGAACACAGUGGGAAUUAUUACUGUGAAGCCCAGAACAGCAGAGGAAGUACUGACUCCACCUUACAUCUGACUCUUUUGUCAGGAGCAUGGAAAUCAAUAGCCGUUGGAACAACCACUGCUGUUGUCCUGGCUGUUAUACUCAUCCUUGUCUUUAUAUUGAUUAGGAAAAAGAGGGCCUCCAAGCAAUCAGCUGAGCCUGGAGAGAGACCAGACAACUGGGAACAGUAUCCACCCAGUCAGAGACAGCAUGAGGAGCAGGAUGACCUUCACUAUGCCAGUGUCCAGUUCUCCAAAAACCAGGCAGAUCCUCUCUACUCCAAGGAGAAGGAGGAGGCUGUUGAGUAUGCGGUGGUCAAAUUUAAUAGUGGCCUGCCCUGAGGUGAGCAGCUCCUCUCACAGGAACAUUAUCCUGACUUUAAGAUUAAAAUUACAUUAGCUUGGAAUAGUUCAAUCAUUUUUUUAUUCUAACAAUUUAAUCGCUAUUGCAUUUGCCUGAUGUGGAUGGUUGUUUUAUAAUCACUGGCCAUUUGUAUCAUGUAAUAUCUUAUCUGCAUUAAUUUUUCCCUUCGAAAACCAGAAGUCAGCCGGGGAGGAUUCAGCUGCAUUGUACAGCACAAUCAACAAAACUUGCUGAAGACAAUAUAAAUACCAGGCAGAUAACCACUGAUUUAAUAUAUUUCUUAGGACAGACCAGUCAAAGAGAAUGCAGCAUUGAGACAACCAUACAUUUUUAACACACAUUUACAAACUUAAAAAGAACACAAGAGGUUGGGUCUAAACAAUGUGUAAAUUACAUAAUGCCUUUUAUUGUAAACACAACUUGUGAAUUUUUCAGAAGCCUAUUUCAUUUAGUAGUACAGACUCAAGGAAGAACAAUUGUGACAGUUUGACA